AUGGUCAAGAACAAGAUCUACCAGGAGAGGGAGAUCAAGAGCAAGGCCGCGUUGUGGGAACGCUUCCAAGCGGUCUACGAAGAAGUGCUCACGCCAGAGGUCUGCCGCGAUCUCAUUUCAUCGAUGCCGCGCCGCAUUCAAGCUGUGAUAGAUGCCAAUGGUGGUUAUACCAAGUACUGA